AUGACGUCUCUCCAACAUUUGGAGUUCUCCCAGUUUAUUUUGGCGUUCUUUCUGCCCUUCUGCUCGUCUUUUCUAACCGUCACCGAGUACCGCGUCGGCAAUCGGACUUACGUUGAGAAGUUCUACCAGCCCUGGUUCCGCAAAAUGCACUACGACCACGAUCGGGUCGGCUUCUUCAUAAUUAUACAUUUACUAUAGUUUUUGACAUAUAAAUGACAGAGAAACCAGUUUAAAGGCAACCAUGUUAGCGUUUCAUCCGGCGCCAAAAAGGUCGGAAUUGAGAUUGGAAAAAAAAAUUUGAAAAAUAUGAAAGCAAUCUAUCUGAAAGAGGGAUUGAGCCAAUUUUCGAAACUAUCCAGUUUAAAAAUGAUGACCAAAACGGACUCCCGAAAUACAUGAGAAAAAACCUCAUAAUGUGGAGUUUCUCAUUUCUUUAAAACCCAAGUCACCUUUUCAGAUAGAAGAAUCGGAAAAGGCGACGUCGGCCUUCGGAAAGCACUUCGUUCCGGAAGACGAUGUCUUUGUCAAGCCAGACUGGACUCCACGCGACGCCAAAUACCUUGCCUGUAUGAACCGUCAAUGCGUCUGUCCCUAUUUUGAUGGUAAUUCCCAAUUAUUGGCUUUCGAAACCAUUUUCAAGCUUUUCAUUCAAGGUAAGAUAAUCGAUGGUGAGUGCCGACUUCCGAGCGGGAAAAUACUGAAAAAAGCUCAUCGACAGGAACUUCGGAGUUUAAGCGACGAGCACAGAAAACAAAUCGAGGUUUUUCCUAUUAUCUUCGAAAAAAAAAAAAUGAAAAAUUGAUUUUAAAAAAAUGGAUUGAGGGUGCCUGGAAUGUGAUGAAGUCGAGCGGUGUCUACAACCGUCUCGGCCGCGUCCAUAAAUAUUCCGGAGUUCAUUCCGGACCGGCAUUUGUUCUGUGGCAUCGCGAGUUCCUCAAAAGGUGCUUUUUCUCAUCUUCAAAUAUUACGAGGGCGACUAGAACGUUGAACUCAUAUAUAAUCUAUUCAAAAAAAAGUUCGCUCGAGUUUUUAAAAACACGGGUCAGAUUUGAAAAAAAGGCCAAAGCAUUGAAUGAAUCUUAAUUUCAAAAAGCUGAGUAUAAAACGCUCACCGCGGCCUCAAAGGCACAUAAAAUAUUUUUUUAAAUGGAUCAUCCAUUUUUCAAAUUUUUGGUUUUUCGAGAACUUCUCUUUUCUUUUCUUUUUGCGUUCCUCAUGUUUAGGUUUUUUAUUAUCCUUAUAGGUGAGCUCAAACUUUUUUUUUCUUGCUUUCGACAUGUGAUCUCUUGAAUUCUAAACUUAUCUCAAACUUCUCAUUUCCAGGCUGGAACUAGUCCUGCGAACUCUUCUGCCCGACCCCGAUUUCGGAAUCCCGUAUUGGGACUCGACACUCGAUGCGAUGCUGCCUUCUCCAAAGGACUCUAUCAUUUUUUCUGAGCUUUUCCUCGGCGAGGUCCUUUUCAAACUUUUUACUGCGUUUUCCAACAAGUUUUUUUCAGGUUGAUGAAGAAGGAUUAGUCAAGAACGGCCCAUACCACAACUGGGAGACGAUGGAGGUGAGGAAAGGGGUUCGAAGCCUAGAAGAAUUGUCGAGAACAGGGUCGCGCCCAAAUUAAACGGAAAUUCGACGACGACGUCAGCGGCGAGAUGCUGAACAACGCUAGAGUUGACUGGCUCGUCAAUAAUCACGACUACAACAUGAUCCUCGGCGCUUCUAUGCCCCUUUCGGUUAGGUUUCUCUGAAUUAGUUCGUUUUGGCGGAACUUCUCUGCGCCAUCCUCGUAUCUCGGGGAGCCCUCUCCUGUUGAAUUGCUGUUUUUCAUGCUUCUCUGACCUCGCUGGUGAGGGAACAGAGAGACGCAGACACUCGAAAAUUGUCAAGUCGCGGUGGACGGGCAUAUUCCAAUGUGAUUUUUAAAAAACGGAGUACUAAAGAAAACAUUUUUGCAAUUUUUUGAUUAAAACUUCUAUAGUUCAAGCUUAUCACAAAGCCCUGACUCUGAAAGCACAUAUGUUCCUAGUUGAAAGAAAAUAAAAUCUCACAUUUCAGACUUGUCCGAUGAACCACACUUUGGACGCGCGGAUGCUCGAAUACUCGCACGACUACGUUCACUUCUUUGUCAGUGAGUCGUUCUGUGAUGACCUGCAGUCCUUUACAGUCCUUUAUCCUCAUUUUGUUCUUGACUGAUGAUCAAAAUCAAAACAUGCAUCCGAAAACCCCAAUAAAAGACUGCUUUCAGGUGGGGACAUGAGUCGAUCGUUUUCCUCUUCCAACGACAUUGUCUUCGUCUACCAUCACUCGAUGGUAGACUGGAUCUUUGAAAGAUAUCGUCAGAACAUGCAGGUGACCCUUUUGAGUCUAUUAACUGCUGGCUUGACUCGUUUUGUUUCAGGACCGAAAGCAACGCGAAACCGAGUACCCACCCAGCGACGACCGCUGCUUUCCCAACUGGCAUAAUUUCGACAACGACAUGCCGCUCUUACAGGUUUUUUGAGCCUCAACACUAGAAAUAUUAUUGAAGCUUUGACAUGACUUCUUGAUAUCGCUUCUUGAUAGCCCUUUUAACUUGUUUUUUUUUUCAAUUUCAACUUUAUUUUCCUCUUUCAGUUCGGAAUUGUCUUAGGUUGCCUUGUUAGUUGAUAAAAAAAAGACUUCAAACAUUUUGAAAGCGUAAAUUUGUUAUAAAACUUGAAAAUGUCCGACUUUUAGAGUUCUAUUUUCAUGUAAAACUCUGGUGAUCACUUUUUUUUAAUUUCCUACCCAGGGAGAGAAAAGAGAGCGCAGACAGGUCAUCCUUUUUGAAGUUGUGUCGAUUAUAAAUAUUUUGAAAUAUGAUGAUAAUAAUGAUUCAAAGUGAAAAAAGUUUUCAGCCAAUGAAAAACCGGGACGCCCUGUCUAACGCCUACACGGACAACCUUUACGAGUUCGCCGAGCGGCCGACUUGUUCCAGGGAGCAUCGAAACUGCGAUUCAAAGUCUGAAUAUCUCGCUUUUUCAGCCAUAGUUGCUAUCUUCAGGUACUUGUUCUGCUUCGUUCCUGAAGACGUCGAGGAGCCGCCCUACUGCAUGAGCAAAGUGAAAAUCGGCGGAAACUGCACCGGCUUUUCGGAGUACCCCAUCUGUUUCCAAGGAAAGUGCAUCGAAGACAGAUGUGUCAAAUUGGACUCAUUGGAAGAGCCAGUUUGGGCAAAACUUCGCAAAUUUGUCAUCCCUUUGAACAUGUGA